AAUUAUACGAUUCAAUAAUGAAUCCAAUGACCCGGCACUGCAUCGGGUGACCCGGCAACCGGGAGACUGUCCAGUCGAUCCCCGGCGGGUUUGAAAACUAUGCCCCAAUGUCGUACGUUUUCACUAAUUAGUGGAUUGCUUAUUUGCUUUAGAUUGGAACUGAGAAUCACAAAUACUGACGGCCCUCUUUCAUCUCACAAUUUCUCUCAAGAGAUUGCUCAGUGAGUAUGUCGCAGCCGUCGCGUCCAAAGAGUCCUGAUGACCAAACUAUAGCGAAUGUGCUAUUGUCGUUACGUGUACAGGGUUCAAAUUUCUACCUUGGCGGUUUAGAUUGUGAAGCGGGAGGAGAACAAAUUGAAUCGUUUUACUUUAUUAUUAUGUGGCUAAAGGCGAUGUAUAUUCGCGUAAAGCGUCUGAAGACAACUUAUUUUCUCCAAUGUGUGCCAAGUGAGACAAUUUUACAAAUUAAGGAGAAGUUGCAGGAACUCAUUGAUGAGCCAGUCAACAAUCAACGACUGAUUUUGAUGCCAGAUAAGGAAAUACUAGACGAUUCGAAGUCGCUUGCAGAUCAGAAGGUUGAGAAUGAUGCCGUUGUUGCCCUGACCUUGAGAAAAGGUUCUGUAACUUCUGCCACCUUCAUAGUUUUAGAAAAUCUUAUAUCAUUCUCUCCACAAACAUAG